GUCAACUUUAUUGAUUGAUAUAAAGUUUGGGUCUGAUUUCUGAAUACAUUUUCCUAGCAAACAAAGAAGUUCUAUACAGUCAUCAAACGUCAACUCCGUUAUCAGUAUCAGAUGAAAAUAAAAACCAUGCAUUGAGAAAAAUACAUACAUUUUGAUAUUGAUUAUAUUUCAGAUUUACAAAAUUAACAUAAAAGACAAAUAUCUUUAUAUUUACUUAUGAAUUUGUUACAUGGAUAAAAGUUAUGCAACAUUUUAAAUGAGCCUCUUUAACUUUAUUGGCUAUAAUGAAUGUGAAAGGGUCUUUCCAAAUGUGUUUUUAUCUAAUACCACCAGUAUAGCCUUGGGAUGAUAGCUAUUGUACAUUGUGGUCUUGUUGGUCUUUUUUUAAUAUGCUAAUUGUUACACCUUCGGUCACUGAUAUGUAGUCUAUUCCCUUAAUUCAGAGUCAUGGGAUUUGAACACUCAAUUAGCCAUACUGCAAGGGAGCUUUUAUAUUUCUUUUGUUUUUAUACUAAUAAUAGACCUGUCAUGGACCUCCAGUCCAACCUUUCACUUCGUUGCCAUGACAGCUGUACUGUCUCUUUAAGAGACCCGGAAACGGUUCCUUCCUGUGUGUUCACUGGUCGCGGGUCCCAAAUAGACAACCGAGCUCCCUCCCGCCGGCGAUGAUAUCCCACUCUGUUCUCUGGGCUUUUCGUAGCAGUGUGAGGUGCUGGCGAUACCGGGCUGUACUCAAAGCGGCUCUGGGGUCCUCGGACGUCAGCGUUUGGCGCUGGUACUCGACACCAAUUCGUGGCGGUGUCACGGGCAUGGAGGAGAUACUGGCGAGGGUCGUUGCACCUUUACCCACAUACGAAACGAGAGACAAAUCCCCUCCUCCUCCCGAAUCAAACAGCUUGGAGUUCAUACACUUCUACAACAGUCUCGACAAGGACGACAAACUCGGUUUCUUGACGAAGCUGUCGCAAGACUUCGGUGUAGACCGCAAAAGCGUUUCAGAGCUCGCUGUGAAGCUGUUAGACACUCAGCUACGAGACUUGGCGACCGUUUUGCAAGUUGAAGACAGGCUGCGGUACAGCUUGACUCCCCGUUACAAACAGUUGCUUAAUCAUAUAAGCAGGGUCGAGGGGGGAGUGAAGUUUCUGGUGGAUCUCCGAGCCGAUGUGCUUGAAAUAAUCUCAUCCAAAGCUAGCGAGAGCCCACACAUCAGGGACCUGAACGGCACGCUGAAGAGCUUGCUGUCUGAGUGGUUCUCUGUAGGUCUGCUCCGACUGGAGAGAAUCACCUGGCAGUCCCCCUGCGAGAUCCUGCAGAAGAUCAGCCAGUAUGAGGCAGUGCACCCUGUAAGGAACUGGACUGACCUGAAGCGCAGAGUGGGGCCAUACCGCCGAUGUUAUGCCUUCACCCAUGCCGCCAUGCCAGGAGAACCCCUGGUUGUACUACACGUGGCCCUCACUGAAGACAUCUCUGAUAACAUUCAGAGUAUCGUCCGUGAGUUUGCCACUCUUGAUGCCGAGGAGGAUGUGAAUAAGAUAAAUGCAGCCAUCUUCUACUCCAUCUCCUCCACGCAGGCUGGCCUACAAGGGGUGGAGCUAGGCAACUACCUCAUCAAGAGGGUGGUCCGAGAACUACAGAGUGAGUUCCCUCACAUGAGCCAGUUCUCCAGCCUGUCUCCGAUCCCAGGCUUCUCCUCCUGGCUCCAGGGCCUGCUCAGCCAGUACAGGAAGGAAGGCCGGGGCUCUGACCUCCUCUCAGAGCAGGAGUGGAAGGAGGUGGAACAGGCCACUGACUCAGCCCCGGGGACCCCGGCCAUUGAGGCCCUCCGCAAGCUGAUCGGCACCAGCGAGUGGAUGCAGUCUGAGCGGCUGUCCCGUGUCCUGGAGCCCGUCCUGAUGCGUGUCUGCGCUUGGUACCUCUACGGGGAGAAGAGGCGAGGCUACGCUCUCAACCCGGUGGCCAACUUCCACUUGCAAAACGGCGCCACCAUGUGGCGGCUCAACUGGCACGCAGACACCAGCCCUAGGGGUGUGGCAAACUCCUGCGGCGUCAUGGUGAACUAUCGUUACUUCCUGAGCGAGACAUCUGCAAACAGCACCCUUUACCUGCAGAAUAAGGUCAUCACAGCAUCAGAGCAGGUACUGGCACUGGUGUCCCAAUUUCAGAAGAACAGCAAACUGUGAGAAAGAGACAAGGUUACAUCCAUAAAUACAAGUCUGUUCUGUUAGAUUGCACUUCAUAUCCUUAAUAUAUUGACUGACAACCUGUAUUUUGUUUUUGAUUUUAAUAUUUGACAUGUUUCAUCAAAUAUCCAAAAAGAAAAAAAAAACUGCUCUAGAAGCACCACUGAAGGGACAUCAGCUGAUACUAUUUUUGAGUUGAAAUUAGAACAUUUCUCAAAUGACGUGUCUCUUCCCAUCUUCUGUAUGUAGUGCAUAGGUUAGGCUUUUUGCCUCAUUGGGUUCCUGGUUGAAGCCGUUUGAUACUGUGUAAGUGCUGCCCAGGCUGAGAGACUGUAGCUAAUGAAGCAUGAGGCAUCUAUCAAUGCUUUACCAUGUUUCUGGAUAACAGUCUGUAUAAUGUUGAAGCAGGAGCAAUGAGGGAGUGCAGCUACUGGAAUAAAUGAUGUUUAGAUUCUUUCAUUUGACUGAACUGUCUCACUGCCAAAUGUUGAAGAAUGGGAGAGUUUUGGAUUUUUUUUUGUCUUGGGUCAGGUUUAUAUGCACCUGCUGUCACACUGCUUAUUCCCGCUUAAGCUCAAUACACAAAGGCAUGAAAUCACAGACUGGAAAUAUUAUUUCAAAUUAAAUAACUCUAAACUA